GUGUGUAGGUGGGAGUGGGUGUGUGGGAUACAUAUGAGAGAAACUGCGCUGGAAGAGCAGCAGAUGUGAUGGUCGAUCCGAUGGAAGCAGACAUUAAUUAGCGGAGGGGACGUUAACGGGAAUAACGGGAUUAUGAGGAUUUGAGAGGAAGUCGCCUGAAUCCGGUGUCACACACAGUGGGAGGUGGGUGAGGAUUAAGUUCCAGGAGCCCUCACUCCUCUAACUGCGCUCCGACUGUCAUGGGGAUCGACCGGCGGCGCAGAGCCUCCCUGGCUCUCACCUUGAACUUCCUGGCCCUGUUGCUCGCCGUGUCGGCUCUCACCACCAGCUACUGGUGCGAGGGGACGCGGAAGGUGGUGAAGCCAUUCUGCACCGGUCCGGUCACCACCAAGCAGGCGUUUUGCAUCAUGUUCAACAGCUCCAACAUCAACGACACGCGUCUGGUGCAAUACAUCUGGGAGACCGGGGAGGACAAGUAUGUGAUGAGGAGGUUUCACACCGGCAUCUGGUUCUCCUGCGAGCAGAACAUCAACAUGACAGGUGAAAAAUGCCGAAGUUUCAUUUAUGUGGCACCGGCAAAUGAAAGAGGUGUUCUGUGGUUGUGCAUCGUGGCAGAGUGCCUGUACAUUCUGCUGCUGGCCACCGGAGGUAUCCUCAUGUCUUUAGAAGUGUGUCACAUUGGGAAUGUCAUUGACGGACUGAAGCUCAAUGCCUUUGCUGCCAUAUUCACUGUUCUCUCAGGUCUCUUAGGUAUGGUGGCCCACAUGAUGUUCACCACAGCCUUCCAGCUGACUGUGAGUCUGGGUCCCGAGAACUGGAAACCUCAGACGUGGGACUACAGCUGGUCGUACAUAUUGGCGUGGAGCUCUUUCACAGCCUGCAUGGCCUCCUCUGUUACAACCAUCAACCGCUACACCAAAACCAUCCUGGAGUUCAAGCACAAGCGCAGGAACAUUGAGAAGAACCUGAAGAUCAAGCAGAAGCUCCUGGAGCUGGAUUCUCCGGAGCAGGUGUGGGACAUGUACAUCAGCUCUGUCCCGAGCACCGCUGAAGAGCUGCUGGACCUGUCGACGAACGGCCGCAAACUGUCCAACGCCUCCAUUUUCCUGGACCUCAACGACCUGCCCGACCCGCAGGGAGAGGAGUAUUGCUAGAGGAGCAUUUGGAAACAAGGAUGCUGUGUCCUGUGUGCUACAGUGUAAAUACAGGAAGAAUCCUGCUGAAAGCUUUAUACUUUCGUUUUCAUCAUCCGUCUUUAUUAACUUCCUGAUGUGGUUUGCUCUCCAGGAGCUCUUAAGAUGUAAAGUAGGAUUUUUAUUUUACAGAUUUAAAUCAGGAUUCAACCGGAAGAAUUUUAGAGCUAAUUCAAGGUUGGACCCGCCGUGGGAGCAACUGAUUGAUGAGGAUUUCACCAGCAUUGCACAUCAAGAUUAAACCAUCAGCUCUAAUUGAAAGCUGUCUUUUCUCAUGUAUACCACACAUUUAACAGUACAGUUCUGAAACAAGAUCUUUAUAGACCGUCUCCUGGAUUGGACGGACAUAUUUGUUGUGUUGUUUAAGUUUUUUUUUUUUUUUGUUAUUGAUCAAAUUUUACAUGAAUUUUUUAUUUAA